UACUUCACAAGCUCACUCUUCGUGGAUCCUCUGCGACGAGACAUCUCCAAAUUGCUUCAAGCAUUCCUCGAUCGUGUCACAACCGAGGCACAGAAAUGGGAUUACCUCCAUUUAAAAGUCCUAGAGCCCCGUGCAAGGCGUGUUUUCCUUGAGACGGUGAUGAGGUUGUUUUUG